AGAAGAAGAAGAAGAAGCAGCAGCAGUUCGUCUCCAUUUUUGCUUCAGUUCUUUUAAACAGACGCUGCACAACAGGAUUUAUGAAUAAAACGUUAUUAAAAGAGCAUCUAAGAAUAGUUGUAAACAUGUGGGAUGGACCAGGACCACGGGGAAGACCACCCUUUCGCAGCGAUCACCGUGGAGAGAUGUUUUGGGGUCGAGAUCGUCCAAUGCCUGAUUAUAGAGAUGGCAUAAACAUGCAUCAUAUGGGUCCUAGACCUUUUGCUGUUCCACUGAUGGACCAGAGAAGGAUGGAUGCCUUUCCCAUGAGAUGUCAUGAUAUGGAUCCCCGAGAUUUCCGAGGAAGAGAUCCAAGCAGAGAGUUCUUCAUACCUGGAGAGGAGCCAGACUUCCAUCCUAGGAGGCAUGCAGAAACUUCUCUUAGAGACGAAAUCCUUGAUCCCCCUGGGUUUCGUGGGCCAGGCAGGGAUUUUGGAGGAAGAGAUAUGCCUCCUUGGGAGCCUAAUGACAGAUUUUUAGACAUGAGGGACAGAGAAAUGUUUCAUAACAUGCCACGCUUUGACAGGCCUAAUAUUGAUGGAAGGAGAGGCUUACCCAUGGAUCGAAUGGUGCAAGAUGGUGGAUUUAGGGACAUGCCUGACAGACACCCAGGAGAUAUUGGUGAUUCUAAUCGCUAUGAGAUGGACUUGCCUCCACAUGAAAAGAGACUGGAUAUCGACAGAAGAGGAGGGCCACCAUUCAACCCAAGAGGCAGAUUUGAGUCCGAUAUGGACUUUAGGAAUCAACCUGGACCCCCUGUUGACAUCAGAGGCAGGGAACGUUCUCCUUUAAGAUUUGGACCAGGUGAGUUCUCUCCAGAAGAAAGGGAAAGAUCAGACAUGCCCCCAGAUGUUGUUGGUCGCAGACCACAGUUUAGGGGUCCUGGAGGCACUGCAGGAAGUAGAGAUUAUCCUGAAACUAGUGGUAGCCCCAUUAUGGAUUAUUGGGGUGGUGAGGAGAUGACUCUAGCUGAAGAAUGGAAAAACCGUCAAAAGAGCAAGAAGCCUUAUGCAGGACAAGAUUUGGAACCUGCUCCUAGCUUCCCUCUCGCUCUCAGUAGUAAUGUGAUUGUAAUGGAUCCAACGCCAUUUCAUGAAAGGAAAAGGCCAGAAGUGAACCCCUUAACAGGUUGUCAGAGUAGGGAAAGUAAAGAAUGGCCUAAAGAAAAGGAUGCAAAGUUUAUCCAAAAUAAAACAAGUUGUGAGUCAAGGCCCCCUUACUUUGAAGAUCCAAAGAAACCUUCACAUGAGAUAAAGGAGCCAAAUGAUCCUUUUGGAGAGAUAAACGACAUACCAUCUGAACAAAUACCAUUCAGGAAAAAGCUGCAGGAGGACGAUGAUUACCAAAGAAAAAGCACAGUAGAGGGAAGAGAUCAAGACUACAGAGACAUAGAUUACAGAACGGCGUCUAGAAGGGUUUAUGAUUACCAUCAUGAAGAACUUCCUCCAUCAGAGAUAUUUCUUAAGGGACCUCCUCCAGUUAUACCUUCAAAAUUCACAGACUCUGGUUCCCAGGAUCGAGAUUACAGGAAUGCAUCGGUCAAGGAAAAAGUUUCAAAUAUCGUUUCCAUAAGUGGUAUUCCAAAGACUGAUUCGUUGGAUCAGAUCCUUGGAGCCUUUGCGGUCCGUGAUGGGAUGCCGAUACAGGGAAUUGAUAUCAGAAAUGUUGUGCCAGGUUACAGCUACGAUAUGGCCUUUGUGGAGUUUUUAAACCUCGAGGAUGCAGUCCACUUCAUGGAGUCCAACAAGGGAUGCAUAAAGGUUGGCACUAAGACAUUUGCCUUGAAGUAUGUCCAGCCACAUGAGUGUGAAAGAGGUCCUUUUGAACCUGAUCAUAGAGUACCUCAAAUGCUGGACACACAGAAACCCCCAUCUGAUAAGCCUUUAGAAGAUCUGAGGUCUAACAUCGAUGUUAAACAUCCUAUGGAAGAGCCUCCUCGCAUUCACUUCCAGCGUAACACUGACCUGACUCCAGAGGCGUGGCAGCAGCAAGUUGACCAGCAGCUAAAGCUUGAACAAGCGGAACAUCUGGGAGAUUCUUCAAACACAUCUCUUCACAUCUCAGAACAACCCAAGUCUGUAUUCAAAGACAGCAAAACUAUGAUAAUAAAGAAUGUGAAGCCUACCACCACAGUAGAGACCAUCUUAAAAGCUUUGGACCCCUUUGCAUAUCUGGAUGAAAGAAAUGUCCGUUUGGUGAAAGGAAAGCCCAAUGGGGCAAAGUCCCUUUGCUUUGUCGACAUGGACUCCCACGAGCAAGUGAAACGUCUGGUUGAUCUCCUCACCAAACCCAGACCCCUGUAUAUUGAUGGAGUUAGAGUCCAUGCGGAAAUUGCUAUACCUCUUAAAAACCACAUUUUAAGAAGAGAAUAUGAUCCAUCAAACCCUCCACUUGUUGGGCAUCUGCCUGAGGAUGCCACAAUGGCGACCUCUGGUGUUGUUUUACAGCCGCCAUUCCCACCACCACCACAGUUCUUGCAUCCUCUACUGGCUCCUGUUGUUGGCACUCCUCCAACAGAGGUUGCAAUGCAGGGUGAUUUAAUGACUCUUUGUGCGAAUCCCGCUGCUUCAGCCCCUAGCCAUAGUCUGGGAAGGGACUACAAUGUAAUGACUACUGCGGCCCCAUCAAACCAAACUGGUCAACUUCUUCCUCCUCCAGACUCUGCUGCAAUACAGCCCCCCACUGAGGGUGCACAGACAUAUAUUUAUGGUUCUGAAACUCCAGACAUGUCCAGUUACUUGUAUGAUUCAACGUCGGGCUUCUACUACGAUCCUGAGACAACACUGUACUACGAUCCAAACUCAAGGUAUUUCUAUAACGCUCAAUCCCAGGAGUAUUUGUACUGGGAUGGAACAGCAAAAACCUACAUCCCAGUUCCAGAAGGAGGUUCCACAGGUUCCCAAACGACACCCACUAUGACUGCAGAAGACCAGGCUAUUCUUUCCAAUCCAGCUGCAGAUGCUCCUUUAGAGCUGAAGAAACCUUCAGCACCACCCCAAGCUUCUGCCGCCCCUGUUGCUGGUUCAACAGAGAACUCUGCAGGGUCUGUCCAAUCUCUCACAGCCUGUGUCGAAAAGAAGGACGGUGAGGAAUCUCCAAAAAAGGAUAAAGAAAAGGAUGGCAAAGACGAUAAACCAAGAAGUAUUGCCGCUGUUAAGAUAAUGAAAGAUAUGGAGCGUUGGGCAAAGAUCCAGAAUCGUCAGAAAGAAACUGUGCGUGCUCCAUCUCCAGUCCUAAAGUCUGGGAUUGAUGAUGAGAAGAAGCAGUCCAAGUCAGCUGAUGCUGCAUUUGCUAUAUUCGAGCGGAAGAUCACAGGAAGUGAAGAUCUCUUUAAGAAGCCUGUUGCUCCAGUCAAAAAAGAGGAAAAAUCUAAACGUCCAAUGGGGUCUUUGGGUCUGCUUGCAUCAGACUAUGGAGCUGGAAGUGAUGAAGAGGUUGAAGAAGACAAGGAGGAGGCAACUAAAAGCACCCAAAAGAGCCAGCCUGAGGAAAAGGACAGGCUGACUGACUGGAAGAAGAUGGCCUGUCUGCUGUGCAGGAGACAGUUUCCUAAUAAGGAUGCUCUGAUCCGCCACCAGCAGCUCUCUGAUCUACAUAAACAAAACAUGGAGAUUCAUCUCAAGAUCAAGAAGUCAAAAAAGGAACUUGAAGCUCUGGAAAACCAGGAAAAACAGCUAAACGUCAAAGAGACUUCCAGAUCACCAGAACAGAAAAGACGAAAACAGCAUCACCAACAGCCUCAACAACGUAGCAGCUGGGCUGGAAGCUCCAGAGAAACAGGCAAAGUGAGUGAGAGACCUGGUUUAGGGGCUGAACCUGUCCAGAAGAAGAAAAAGGAGCAUGUCGUAUGGGACCACAGCACUUACAAACAAGCAGUACGCAAAGCCAUGUUUGCACGUUUUAAGGAACUCGAGUGAUCUCGGUUGUCGGAAAAUUAUCUCCAUUGCCUGAAAAUGUGAAACGUAAAUGAUGUGCUCAGCAAAUUCUGCAUGAGGAAUCGCCUCAACUCUUUGAGAUCUUUUCUUUGAGACACCGUGUCUUCAACGCUACAGUUUACACUGAUAUAAGGAGACAAAUGAUUUAUUGAAGCUGAUCUGAACAGUCAAAAAAAAAAGAUUACAAUUAAUUUUGUUUAAAAAAUACAUGUUCAUUUUUGUUCCAUGUAUAUUUGAGAAGCCUUUUUUAUUUCGCAAUAGCCAUAGAUACAUUUGUUUGUUUUUUAAGCUUUUUUUUAUUAUUAUUUUCAGGGAUUUAGAUUGCUAUUACUUGCUUUUGUUAAGUAAAGUAUGAAGUUUAGUCUCUUAUGAUGUAAAUUUGUAAAGUUAUCAACUCACCACUAGGUGGCACAAUUGUACUACUUUGUUUUUCAAUAAUUUGUGGUAUCCAGCAGGUCAUAUUGUCUUUAAAAGAAAACUGUUUUCCAUCUAAUAAAAAUACCUCUGAAUCAGGUGUAUUCAUGAGGAUUUUGUCUCCUUAAUAUUUAUACAUUUAUCUGGACAAUAUCCCACCAGUGAUGUUUUACAUGUAUUUUACUGUACAAAGAUUUGUGUUGCUGAUUUUAUCAGAAUAAACCUACUUCAAUGACA